AUGACAGGACUUGAUCCGAAACGUGAUCGACUAUUAGAAAUUGCCUGCAUCGUGACCGACGGCCAGCUUCAGCCGGUCGAUGAGGGCGUAUCGUAUGUCAUCCGCACAGAGCCACAUAUACUCGAGGGUAUGGACGAGUGGUGCACAAGGACCCACUCCCAAACAGGCCUCUACGCUGCAUGCCUAGAUGAAGCAUGCUCACAUCCGCACCUUGAUGUGCGCACAGCCAUUCUUGCCUACGUGCUAGAUCGUGUACCAACAGCACGCAAAGCCUGCCUGGCGGGUAGCUCUGUGCACGCAGACAAGAUGUUUCUCGUAAACGAGAUGCCAGAGCUUAUGGCCCAUUUGCACUACCGCAUCGUCGAUGUGUCGACGAUCAAGGAGCUAGUGCGUCGGUGGUAUGGUGCGUCGUAUCAACGACCGGAUACAGGUAUUCUGCAUCGGGCACUCGACGAUAUCCGAGGAUCCAUUCAAGAAUUGGAGCACUAUCGAAAGAGUGUGUUUCGACGCGACGCUCCGUAG